AUGAAAUCGCCGUUUUCCGUUUCUUAUAGACUCGUUUCUAUCAUCACCACCGUUCGCGCAUCCAUGGACGACCCCCAAAAACUCGAUCCAACCAAAAAGCGAGUGGUGGUAUGCGGCGGCGGAGUAAUCGGCGUUUGCACGGCCUAUUUCCUCUCCAAAAAAGGCGCCGCCGUCACCCUCAUCGAGCAAUCAUCCAUCGCCUGCGCAGCAUCAGGUAAAGCCGGUGGCUUCUUAGCUCUCGAUUGGUGCGACGGCAGCCCUAUCUCCUCCCUUGCACGUGUCAGCUUCAAUCUCCACCGUUCACUUGCCGAAGAACUAAACGGAGGUGAAUCCUACGGCUACCGUCCACUCAACACCCUAAGUCUUUCCAUCGCCGAAUCAGAAAACCCACCACAACCACAUAGCCGGAAAUCAACACUUCCGCCGUGGAUCGACGGUCCAGCUAAAAGCCCUAAAACUAUCGGUACGACGGAGACCACCGCCCAAGUCCACCCCCAGUUGUUUACCCGGACGUUGAUUGAGAAAGCCGUGGCGGACUAUGGGGUGGAAGUUGUAAUCGGGAAAGUGAAGAGCUUAGAAACAGGUGAAGAGAAGGUGAGGGUAGUGAUGGAGGGCGGUGGUGGGAUUGACGGCGAUGCGGUGGUGCUGGCUCUUGGGCCGUGGACAAAAGCGGAUGCGAUUACUCCCGAUGCUCUUUUUCUUACUUAUUCUCCGGCCAACGGUGGUCAACCGAUGGAUCCUGAAAUUUAUCCCCGUCCAACCGGGGAGGUGUACGUAUGUGGAAUGUCAUCGGAGGAAGAGAUUCCCGACGACCCGGAGGAGAUUCAACCGAACAUGGAUUCAAUCGGAGUUCUGAAACGGGUGGCGGAGAAGGUGUCGAGUCAUUUGGGAGGAGAAGCUCGAGUGAAAGCGGAGCAAGCGUGUUUCUUGCCUUCUACGGAUGACGGUGUUCCGGUGAUUGGGGAGGUUCCCGGGAUGAAGGGGUGUUUUGUGGCGACGGGACAUAGCUGUUGGGGGAUUCUUAAUGGUCCGGCCACCGGAGCUGCGGUGGCUGAGCUAGUGUUGGAUGGUUGCUCCACCGUUGUGGAUCUUACCCGGUUUAGUCCGGGUCGGUUUGUUGGUGGAAGAGGAAGGAGGCGAUGA